UGACCAGCCACUCAUUUCUAAUGCUAUCUUCCUCUUAAUUACUACUUGGCAUUCCACGUUCAAAAUAUUAAAUUGUUUAUGAUGCCUAUACAUAAAAGAUGGAGCUCCUUUUUUCUUCUUAUGCUUCUACAUUUGUUUGUGAUAGUCCUUGGAAUUAAACAUUAUAACUAUACAAGACAUGAUUUCCCACAUAGCUUUGUUUCUGGUUCUGGAAGUGCUGCUUAUCAAGUUGAAGGGGAUGGAAAGACACCUCGCAUUUGGGACACUUCUGCUCAUGCUGGUUUUUAUGAUGGAGCCACCGGAGACAUUGCUUGUGAUACAUGCCACAAAUACAAGGAAGAUGUACAACUCAUGGUGGACAUCGGAUUGGAAGCAUAUAGAUUUUCCGUUUCAUGGUCAAGGCUGAUUCCUAAUGGAAGAGGACCUGUCAACCCGAAGGGCUUACAAUAUUACAACAAUCUAAUUGAUGAACUUAUCAGCCGACAGCCAUGGAAGGACUUCACAGCAUUUGCUGAUGUGUGGUUUAAGGAAUUUGGGGACAGAGUUUUGCAUUGGACCACCAUGAACGAAGCGAACACACUUGCCUUGGGCGGUUAUGAUAAUGGACUGAUACCCCCAAACCGCUGUUCUGCACCAUUUAGAUCCAAUUGUACUGGUGGUAAUUCGCCAACUGAGGUUUACAUUGUAGGUCAUAAUAUGCUGCUUGCACAUUCUUCUGCAGUUAGACUAUACAAGAGGAAAUACAAGUCCGUUCAGCAGGGUUCCGUGGGAAUUAGUGUCUAUGGUUCUGGGUAUCUUCCUUACACAAACUCAGAGGCUGAUGUAAUAGCAGUCCAACGAAUCUUCGAUUUUUAUAUUGGUUGGUUUAUUGAACCCCUGAUAUUUGGAGACUAUCCUCAAAUAAUGAAGAAAAAUGUCGGGUCAAGACUUCCCAGGUUCUCCAAAAGUGAGUCAGAGCUAGUUAAGGGUUCACUAGACUUCAUACGUCUGAACCAUUAUAGUCAAGUAUAUGCCAAGGACAAUCCUACCUCACUCGAAGAAGAUCUCAGGGACUUUACUAUGGACACAGGAGUAGAGAUUUUACCCGAAGGAUAUCAGCUAAACGAGCCACCCCCAGGAGAGGUAAGCAGACACCGCGCAAUGGGACAUUGAUUGACACAGAACGUGUAGAAUAUUUGCAUGCUUACAUUGGAGGCGUGCUUGAUGCUCUGAGGAAUGGAUCAAACACGAGGAUACUUCCAAUGGUCUUUCUUAGAUUGUUUCGAGAUAGUGGCUAUAAGACAUCCUUUGGACUCUUUUAGAUUUGGAUGACAAAGAACUAACAAGAUACCCAAAGCUUUCUGCAUUCUGGUACUCCAAUUUCUUAAAGAGAAGAAGCUCAGUUCUUGAAGUUGGGAACGAAGUAUUUGCUUCCGCCGAAUCUAAUUAGUUUGUGUUAAGAAGCCAAACCAUUGAUGAAGAAGCCAUACUACUAAAUUCAGCCUUUGCAGAACUCCUAUAAAUUAUUUCUUGUUUCUUGAAUCUCUAGGAUAUCAGAUCAGUUACAAAUUUUACUUUGACCCUUUCUUGGUUUGAUAAAAUGGAUGAUUAAAUUAAAAUAUCUAUUUUUGGUAUAAGAUCAAAUGAUCUUCGUGGGAGGUGACAGUAUAUGUGAAAUUAGUUGAGGUAGUAUAUUUUUUUUUUUAUCUUUACAAAAUGCAUUUAAUGCAGAAACCACGAUUAUGAGGAAAAA